AUGGGGGCGGCGGGCGGCGGGAGGGCCCCGCCGGAGGGGUGGGCGUCGACGCCCACGCCGGCGGCCGCCGGCGCCGACCUCAUAACGACGUUGGGAGAUGGUGUUGGCGGCGGGGGGGGGGCAGCAGCGGGGGGGGGGGGGGGCGGCGGAGGGGGCGGCGGCGGCGGCGGCGACGGCGGCGGCGAUGGAAGUUCGUCUUCAUCCGAUGAUGAUGACGAAAAGGACGACGACGAGCCGGACGAGACCCCCCUUAUCCUUUACAACGAAUCCCCCUCCUCCGAGUCCGAGUGCAGCAGCAGCAGCAGCAGCAGCGACGACGACGGGGAAGAGGACAGCGACGGCGGCCCGCCGGCCCUGGAGUCCUCGUCCAACACCGACAGCGACAAGGGGGCGGGUGCUUCAUGUGGCGGCACUCUGUACUCGGAGUACGUGCUGGCGCGGGAGGGGCACCCGGGCCCUACGGCGUCGAUGGCUUUCUGGCGGGACAAGAAGCACUCCACCAGCGCUGUCUUCACCGACUUCUUCGUGCAAAAGGUGGUGAGGGGGAGGCCGAUCCCUCACGUGGGCACGGCGCUGUUCCUGAAGGACUUCCCGAGCGGGUUUCCGGAGUUCGUGAGCUGCGUUGGCCAGAUGAAGCCGGCCAAGUUCAAGGAAACCUCGGGCCUUGAUGUCCCGCACGGAUUCUACGAGUACGCCCGGGACGCGGCUAGCCGCAACGCUAAGUUGAUGAUGGCAAAGAGAAGCCAGCGGAAGUCCAAGCCCCGGAGCGGCCCCACAGACAGCGGCAAGAGGGUCACCAGCGGCGGCGGAGAAGGCGGAGAAGGCCCAGUGGACAGUGCCAGCGGCGCCGGCGGCGCGACCAUCGCAAGGGCGAUGCGGUGCGACUUCGAGUCGAUCGCGAACCUUCGGCGGGAGGCAAGCUCGACCAUCGCGGCCCUCGAGUCGAAGAUGCGCGUGACUCUGGAGGCCCUGGAGCAAGCCCUCGACCGCGAGAAGGCGCGAAACGCGAAGUGUCUCGCGGCGGCUCAGAAGGAAGCCACCGACGCAAAGGCCGCCGCCAAGGCGAAGGUCGUGGAGGCUGUUGCGGCCGCCGAGGUUGAAGCGCUCAGCCGCGGGCAGGAUGGAUCGGGAGGGAGCUUUUCCAUCCCGGAGGCGCUGGAGCGCGCGGAAGCCCUGAAGAAACGUGCGAACACUGUUCUCGCGGACACGAGAUACCCCGAGGCGGUGGAGCAGUACACGCUAGGGAUCAAGGUGCUGGAGGUGCACGUCAAGCCGGCGCCUUGGGCAGACCAGGGCAGCAGCGGGUCGCAGAGCGACAGCGACGAAUCGGAAGAGGAGGAGGAGGAGGAAGGAGAGACGGGCGAGGACAAGGACAAGGUUGCCGCGAGGGAGAUGCUGCUAAUCCUCCUCUGCAACCGGUCGGUCGCGCACCUCAAGUGGGGAAAUCUCGGCAGCGCCAAGGCGGACGCUCAGCGGGCGCUGGACUUAGACCCGCACCACAUCAAGGCCUACUUCCGCAGGGCGGCCGCACACAAGCAGGCGGAGCGUUUCCGCGAGGCCCUGGCCGACCUGAGGUACAUCCUGAGGCUCGAGCCUCCCCCGCGGAAGGGGGUGGCGGUGAGCAAGGACAUCCUCGACGUGCAGAGGAUGGCCAAAGAAUGCGAGCAGAAGGUGCGAGCAAAGGGGUUCGGGAAGGCCCUUCAGGAGACGGGCAAGGAGGCCAAGGGUGCCAAAUCGGCGUCCGAGCUGAAGGAGGCGAGAGAGAAGUGGGACGCUUUGCGCAGCAAGGACGACCGGAAACGGGUGAAGCAGCAGGCCAGCGGCGCGAGAAACUUGCCGCGCGGCGGCUCGGGGCAGGCGGCCGCCGCUAUGCCCCUGCCACCCCCGAGGGGCCAGCGCGCCGGGGGCGGGGACGCGGCGGGGACGUCAUCGUCGUCGGCGGCGGCGGCCUACUGGGACAUGGUCGGCGAGACCUUCCUGCCCCCGAAGUCGGCGGUGCCUACCCUGAAGGAGCGGGCGGCGUGGGUGGCGGCGGGUAGCAUCGACCGCGCCCCCGAGGCGUUCGUGCAGUGGUGCGAGGGCCUCCUGUCGGAGUACCUCGUGUGCAUCUUCGAGCGGCUCAACUGGGUCUCGCUCCAGACGAUGAUGGCUUCCGGCCGCUACGACGAGGUGGGCGUCAUAAGCUCCAACAACCAAACAGACAACUGGCAGGCGCAGGACAAGUACUUCCGCCAGCUGUACGCGGCCACCCCCCACGAUGACUUCCUGGAUGCUUCGGCCGCCGCGGCGGCCGCCGGGGGAGGAGGGGGGGGCGCCGUGGCGGGGGCGGGGAAGAGCAUAAAGGGCAGGUGGAAGGGGCCGGUCAAGCUGCUGUCCCCGCUGGUGCUGCACCCCCACCUCGGCCUCAUGGACGUGCUGGAGAACCACACGUGCUUCACCUACCAGGCACGGGAUGCCGAAGAGGAAGCGACGCCGAGGCUGUUCGAUUUCGAUGGCAGCCGGUCCAGCGGCCGCGCGGUGGUCGGCAGGGAUGAGUUCUUCCAGCAGUUCAACGUGUUCACGGAGGGACAGCUGACCUUCAUGGACUGGAACAAUGUGGUUGCUGCCGGGGGCAGCGUGUUGGCGGCGACGCACCCCCCGCCGCCGGGGCCCCUGCGGGACUUCUACCACACCCUGGCUUACCGGUCGAGCGACGUAGACCUGUUUCUCUACGGGCUGGACGAGAAGGCGGCAACGGAGAAGGUCCGCAAGAUCUUCAACGCCGUCAAGCUCGCCAACCCCAAGAUCUACGCGGUGCGAUCCCUUCGGACGGUCACCCUUGUGAGCGAGUUCCCGUUCCGGAAGAUCCAGAUCGUGCUGAGGCUGUACAAGACCCUGGCGGAGGUUCUUCACGGUUUCGACGUGGACGCCUGCAGCGUCGGCUUCGACGGCCACACGGUGUGGGCCACGAACCGCGCCGCGCGGGCUAUCUGCAAGCGCUACAACCUGGCGGAUGUCUCUCGCCGCAGCCCUUCAUACGAGAGCCGGCUGUUCAAGUACGGAAAGAGAGGGCACUCGGUGUUGGUGAGGGGCCUGCAGGUGGACAAGAUCAAGCCUUCGCUCCGCAAGGCCACCGUCACCUCCGGCUCCGUGAGCUACGAGCGGGGGCUCGCCAAGCUCAUCGCGUUGGACUCGUGCUACCAGCGCUUCCACCUCAACAGUUGGGGAAACUUCUACCAGCGGUGGAACGAGGGUCUGCUGGCGGACUACAACGGCAUCACCGAGUCGCAGCGCAUACACAACCAGGAGAGCGCUCAGGAGUCAGACUACACCACCAUGUUCAUCCCGUACGGACCCAAGUGGACCCGGGACCGCACUCGUCGGCACGUGAUGAACUACGCGUCCGCGGCCAACAGCUACUACUACCGCCUGAGUAUGUCGUACUCCCCAGAGGAAGAUGCCUCCUUGAUGCACAUGAAGCACGUGGCGGGCGAAGAAAUUUGGCUCAAGGCCAACCCGGGGAAGCAGGGGCUCCUCACCGGCAGCUUCCAUCCCAUGUCCGUCUCCGCAAAGGACUGGGAGAGGGGAGUGUACAAGUAGGCACAAGUAGGCGAGCAGCAACCCAGCCGUGUGGUGCGAGCGCUUACUCCGUGGUGAACGUCCCAUGGGGGUGGUUGGCUU